CCCAGCGAAAAAAUUGAUUGUCAGGGUCCAAUAAAUUUUCUAGGGCAUAAGAAGCUUACUUUUCCUCCGCCAGCACAGACUGUUUCUUUCUGAAUCUCCGUCGCCCAAAUCCCCGAAACAGAAACAAAACAAAGCAAAGCGAUGCCGCCGCCUCCUGGACCUUACUCUGGCACCAGCACUCUUGCCCUCGUAGCUCGUGCAUCUGCUUUCUCUUUUGGUCUCGUUUAUGGGAGCAUGAAGCGCAAGUACCUCAAGGCAAAGGCAAAGUCUCAAAAGAAAGCUGAAGCCAAGGCUCACCACUGAAGCAGAGAGGUUUUGUUCAUGGUUGGUUGCAUGUGUGAGUUGAGUUUCUGAGUAGGAAUAAUGCAUAUAGAUGGAACUGUACCAGUAUUUCAUUCUGACCUGCAAUUGUUAUGGACCAUGACUACCUCUCCCUGAAAUUUUUUGAGAUUUAUCAAGUUGGCCCUUCUAGUAUUUUCUUUCAGUUGGCAAUGGAUGCUUUGUUUCUAUUCUAGGGGUUAACACUGGGCAAGCUGUUGCAUUAUAUGCUCCCCACUUCAAAGUAAUAAUUUGGCUCCCAAAA